AUGUCCACCCCCAUCGCCACGGACGACCCUUAUGCUUACGAGGAAGACGACUCGAGCAUCACGCCCGAGGACUGUUGGACGGUGAUCCUGUCGUUCUUCCAGGAGAAGGGUUUGGUGUCGCAGCAGUUGGACUCGUUUGACGAGUUCAUCGAAUCCACCAUCCAGGAGCUUGUCUGGGAAGACCUGCACUUGAUCUUGGACCAGCCUGCCCAGCAUACUUCGGAGGACCAGUACGAGAACAAGCGUUACGAGAUCACGUUUGGCAAGAUUUAUAUUUCGAAGCCUACGCAAACCGAAGGUGAUGGUACCACCCACCCUAUGUUCCCACAGGAGGCCCGUUUGCGUAAUCUCACGUACUCGUCGCCUUUGUACGUUGACAUGACGAAAAAGAAGUUCAAGUCGGAUGACCGUGUGCGCAAGGGCACUGAGCUCGACUGGAUCGAGGAGAAGGUGGAGAAUGAGGAUGCCCAGACCAAGGUGUUUUUGGGUAAGGUGCCCAUCAUGUUGCGUUCCAAGUUCUGUAUGUUGCGUGACUUGGGCGAACACGAGUUCUACGAGUUGAAGGAGUGCCCAUACGAUAUGGGUGGUUACUUUGUCAUCAACGGUUCCGAGAAGGUUUUGAUUGCCCAGGAGCGUUCGGCUGCUAAUAUUGUGCAAGUCUUCAAGAAAGCGGCGCCUUCCCCUAUUUCCCACGUUGCUGAGAUCAGAUCCGCCCUCGAGAAGGGUUCACGAUUGAUCUCCUCCAUGCAAAUCAAGUUGUAUGGUAGAGACGACAAGGGCACUUCCGGUAGAACCAUCAAGGCUACCUUACCAUACAUCAAAGAAGAUAUCCCUAUCGUUAUCGUCUUCAGAGCCCUCGGUGUUGUCCCUGAUGGUGAUAUCUUGGAGCACAUCUGUUACGACGCCAAUGACUGGCAAAUGUUGGAGAUGUUGAAGCCCUGUGUUGAGGAAGGUUUCGUCAUUCAAGAGCGUGAAGUUGCGCUCGACUUCAUCGGUAGAAGAGGUGUCUUGGGUAUCCGCAGAGAGAAGCGUAUUCAGUAUGCCAAGGAUAUCCUCCAAAAGGAACUCUUGCCAAAUAUCACCCAGGAGGCUGGUUUCGAGUCUAAAAAGGCUUUCUUCUUGGGUUACAUGGUCAACAGAUUGUUGUUGUGUGCCUUGGAGAGAAAAGAACCUGAUGACAGAGAUCACUUCGGUAAGAAGAGAUUGGACUUGGCUGGUCCUUUGUUGGCCAGUUUGUUCCGUCUUCUUUUUAAGAAGUUGACCAGAGAUAUCUACAACUACAUGCAGAGAUGUGUGGAGAACGAUAAGGAAUUUAACCUUACGCUUGCUGUCAAAUCACAGACUAUCACCGACGGUUUGCGUUAUUCCUUGGCCACCGGUAACUGGGGUGAACAGAAGAAGGCUAUGAGUGCCCGUGCUGGUGUGUCCCAGGUGUUGAACCGUUACACAUACUCUUCUACAUUAUCUCACUUGAGAAGAACUAAUACUCCUAUCGGUCGUGAUGGUAAGAUCGCGAAGCCUAGACAAUUGCAUAACACACACUGGGGUCUUGUGUGUCCCGCUGAGACUCCAGAAGGUCAAGCCUGUGGUUUGGUCAAGAACUUGUCGUUGAUGACAUGUAUCUCCGUCGGUACAGCCUCCGAGCCUAUUCUCUAUUUCUUGGAAGAAUGGGGUAUGGAGCAAUUGGAGGACUACGUGCCCUCUAACUCGCCUGAUUGCACCAGAGUGUUUGUUAACGGUGUCUGGGUCGGUACUCAUAGAGAGCCAGCACAGUUGGUUGACACGAUGAGAAGAUUGAGAAGACGUGGUGAUAUUUCGCCCGAGGUCUCGAUCAUCAGAGAUAUCAGAGAAAGAGAGUUCAAGAUUUUUACCGACGCUGGUCGUGUCUACCGUCCCUUGUUUAUCGUUGACGAUGAUCCAGAAUCUGAGACCAAGGGUGAGCUUGUCUUGCAGAAAGAGCAUGUCCACAAGUUGAUGAACUCGGAAUAUGACGAGUUCGAUGAUGAUCCUCUGUCCAACCACUACACCUGGUCUUCGUUGGUGAAUGACGGUGUUGUGGAAUACGUGGACGCCGAGGAAGAAGAAACUAUCAUGAUUGCGAUGACCCAGAGGACUUGGAGGCUUCCAAGAAGUUUGCAAAUGGAGGAACAAGACCUCGACCCAGCCAAGAGAAUCAAGCCAACCUAUGUCUCUUCCACGCAUACAUUCACUCAUUGUGAGAUCCAUCCAUCUAUGAUUCUUGGUGUUGCAGCCUCCAUCAUUCCAUUCCCUGACCAUAACCAGUCUCCUCGUAACACCUAUCAGUCUGCUAUGGGUAAACAAGCUAUGGGUGUGUUUUUGACUAACUAUGCCGUCAGAAUGGACACAAUGGCAAACAUCUUAUACUACCCACAGAAGCCUCUUGCCACUACCCGUGCCAUGGAGUUCUUGAAGUUCCGUGAGUUGCCUGCUGGUCAAAAUGCCAUCGUCGCUAUUGCAUGUUACUCUGGUUACAACCAGGAAGAUUCUAUGAUUAUGAACCAGUCAUCCAUUGACAGAGGUCUUUUCAGAUCUUUGUUCUACAGAUCUUACAUGGAUUUGGAAAAGAGACAGGGUAUGAAAGCAUUGGAGACUUUUGAGAAGCCUUCCAGAUCUGACACAUUGAGAUUGAAGCAUAGUACUUAUGAAAAGUUGGAUGAUGAUGGAUUGAUCGCCCAGGAUAUCAUCAUCGGUAAGACUACUCCAAUUCCUCCAGACACUGAGGAGUUGGGUCAGAGAACACAAUAUCACACCAAGAGAGAUGCAUCCACUCCUUUGAGAAGUACCGAGUCUGGUAUUGUUGACCAAGUUAUGUUGACUACUAAUGGUGAUGGUGCUAAGUUCGUCAAGGUCAGAAUGAGAACGACUAAGAUUCCACAAAUUGGUGAUAAAUUCGCCUCUAGACACGGUCAGAAGGGUACGAUUGGUGUUACUUACAGACACGAAGAUAUGCCAUUCAGUGCUCAAGGCAUUGUUCCUGAUUUGAUCAUCAACCCUCACGCCAUCCCAUCGCGAAUGACAGUGGCUCACUUGAUCGAGUGUUUGUUGUCUAAGGUUUCGUCCUUGUCUGGUUUGGAAGGUGAUGCUUCUCCAUUUACAGAUGUCACCGCUGAGGCUGUUUCUAAAUUGUUGAGAGAGCACGGAUACCAAUCCAGAGGAUUUGAAGUUAUGUACAACGGUCACACAGGUAAGAAGAUGAUGGCUCAGAUUUUCUUUGGUCCUACUUACUACCAGAGAUUGAGACAUAUGGUGGAUGACAAGAUUCACGCCAGAGCAAGAGGUCCAGUGCAAGUCUUGACCAGACAGCCAGUGGAGGGUAGAUCCAGAGAUGGUGGAUUGCGUUUCGGAGAGAUGGAAAGAGAUUGUAUGAUUGCCCACGGUGCUGCUGGUUUCUUAAAGGAAAGAUUGAUGGAGGCCUCGGACGCCUUCAGAGUGCACGUCUGUGGUAUCUGUGGUUUGAUGUCUGUUAUUGCCAACUUGAAGAAGAACCAGUUCGAGUGCCGCUCGUGCAAGAACAAGACCAACAUCUACCAGAUACACAUCCCUUACGCUGCCAAGUUGUUGUUCCAGGAAUUGAUGGCCAUGAACAUCUCCCCAAGAUUAUACACCGAAAGUUCAGGCAUCAGUGUGAGAGUUUAG